CGGUGACGGAACAGGAAAAAGAGGCACUAAUAGAGGCACGGAAGAAAGACACACUGCAUGCCGGUCAGCGGCUUCUUCGAUUGCUUCACAAGGAGUCGACCAAGCGGCUGACCAGCAAAGAGGAAGACCUGAAGGAAAAACUUCGGCAGAUAGAAGGCGACUUUCUUAAGGGUUCGAACGUAGAAUCGCAGUUGCUGCGAAUGCAAGGGCAGGGCUUCAAUAUCCACGAGGAGUUGAUCGAGCGCUGGAAGGAAGUCAAAAACCGGUACGAUCUCAGAGAAGACGAAAGGCUCGACCGACUGGCCCCCCUAGGAUACGACAAUAACAGGGUGUAUCACGCUCGGCAGACAGGAGGCGGAGUCCCGACCCCAAGAGAACCACAGCACACAACUGAGGACCGUCUGAAUCUGAGCCCGCGCGGCCGCCCACGUCAGCCAAACGGACGGAGUCACUCUGCCAGAAGCUCAAGUUUUCUGGAGCAGGCGCCGCUGGGACCGAUGUCUUCCGGGUCCGGCGCGUCGGAAGAGGUCAGCGAGUCUAUUAAACUGAAAAAUCCCCUGUCCCCAUAUUGAUUCAAAACGCAAUUUCUGUUCGCUGGUUUUGUGUACACAAAUCAUGUUUGUCCUGCAGUAAGCCAUCGCAGACAGUCAGUAGGUUGCAAUCCUGAAGAGGAGCGUGUGCCUCGAUGAAGUUUCAAGCGCAACGGCAUCAGAAAUCGUUCGCGCCAUGCGGCGAACACCUCUGGCAUUUUUUUCUUGUUGCACGACAGACGCUAGUUGUGGGCGCAAAUUUAUUAGCAUCACAGAUUCCACCCGUUUUGAGUAAAGGGAAACACGAUUUUUUCCCACGAUAAAGUCGAACAGCUUUGUGGAGGUGCGAUCCACCGCUGACGCCUGGGGAUCCAAGGAAUUGGACGACUUCUUGAUGGAGGUGGAGAUUAAGAACUGGAGGUUUGUCGCGUCCGGCGUAACGUUGGAAGAGUUAGACCCGGAAGAGGCUCCGCAAGAACUGCUGGACGCGCUAUCCGGCAGAAAAGUAAGUACACACAUACCAAGAACUCCUACUGCGUAUUUUAGGGCCACACAGUGCGAGGACAAGCUUAUAUAGCGCGAGGACCUGUCUACUCGCCAAGUCGCAGCACAAAAAAACUGCAUUCUGCAUGACAUGAGACUGCCUCUUUUGUGGUCUCCGCAUUAUAUGACACGAGUUCAACAGCGCCCCAGAUUUUCUUUUAUGAGUGUGCUUUUUUCUUUGAUUCGCGCUGGCUGGGAAACAGAGGACGGAGGCGGACGAGAAGUUCGCGCAGCAUUUCCAAC